AUGUCAACGCGCUGUGCUUUUGCUCUGGGAGGUGGGCAUGAUUCGCGAGAACCUCGGACCUCCACCAGCCACAGUGGCGGUGGCAGUGGCGGUGGCGCAGACGAAUCCGAAUCCGAAUCCGAAUCCCCUAGGCUCUCGGCUCUGGGACUGCUCACUCGCUCCUUUCCUCAGCUCUCACUUCCUGCGUGUUUCUGCCAACAUGCAAUGCCAAAAGUCCCCAGUCUUUGGCAGCCGCACGACCAUGUGCCGCCAUCGAGGAACUAUGAGGAUGAUCGUCAGUGGAGGAAGAAGCCACUCACCCCGGCACAGUUGAUGGUCCACGAUGUGCGCUUGGAAACACUGCGUGCCGAACGGGGUCCCCUGCUGGAGAUAGUUGAAAGGUCAGCAUCAAGCCUGGUUCCAGACAGCGCAGCCUAUACACCUUCUGCAAGUCUCCUCCGCAUCUCUGAAGCCACCGACAAUGCUAUAGAGAAACAGCGAUUCAGCAAUCUGGAGGAAGAUCAUGGCUGGAUGCGAUAUCUUCGUCUGCGGAAGUACCAGCGAGAUGCGUUGGACGACGAGGAUUCAGCCAAAUGUCGAUGGAUACAUUGCUCCAGCCAAUUCCCGGAGUACAUUGCUGGAACCCUCUGGGCCUUGUCUGACGACAUAGCGACUGUAGCAGAUUCCAUGCGUAUGCUCGACAUUGCAAUCCAGAGACAGACCCGCUUCUCCAAGCAUGGCAAGCAUUUUGCCCCAUUCGCCAAAGUCCUACAGCCGGCCUCCGUCAGCGGCGAUGGAGAGGAUCUCUACCCUCUGCUGGUUUCCGUGCCAUUCUUGGACUGGACGACACAGGGCCCAACUCCACCUCUCCGAUUUCAGGUCGACAGGCGAGAAGGAUUUCUGUCAUCAAGGUCGUCCGCACACAUCGUACGUUCUAUCCUCCAGUACUAUUAUCGCCUGGAGGAUACUCAUGAUCGCGAAGGCUCACAGGUCUUUGCUAAGCACAAGCCUUGGAGCAAUAAUCGUGAGAUGGACCUGAAAGUGCGACAAUGGUAUGGUCGCUAUCCCACACGUCUAAACGUCGACGAACUCUGGAUUCUUGCCAUCGAUCCUGAGCAUGUUGUUACCUUCUCGUCUAAUCAGACCUGGAAGUCACGCUGGCCACCAUUCCAGCUCAUGUCCAGGAUCUCGGAUGUCUCUUUUCGUGGCAUUCGCAACAAUUACUUUAGGUCCGACGAGCCUCGAGAAUACACUGCUUUUACGCAUACUAUCGCGAGCUUGAGUGGCGCCGUUGGUAUGCUGCAUCGCAACUUCUGGCCCGAUCUGUAUCUAUGCAUGGCUGAUCGAUACGCUGGUCAUCUUGGGCAUCUCCAAUACCGACUUCACCGAGCGCCGUCAACCAAACUGGUCAUGGAUCUCAUUGCAUGCCAGGAAGAACUUAACAUUGUCAUACAGAUCACUGAAGAUCAAUUGGACACUAUCAACGUACUGCGAAGUAUAUCGGAGGCCAUGGGUGGUGCGAAUGACGCUCAAGCGCCAUCGCCUGUCGCCAGAAGGCCAGGCUCUGUGCAGUCGACCAGGACCAAUCAUUACGGAGACCUUGAGGACUAUGAUGCCACAUACAAUCACAUAUCGCGACGGUCGACAUAUCGCCAACUUUCAGCAUCUGUACUCACUGACCCUGUGGCACAGCUCGUGGACAAUCUCGAGCGAGAACUAGCCGACCUGCGAGAUCUCCGAGAUAAUACAGACAGGCUGGUCACCAGGACCAUCCAACUCGUCAAUAUACGUCUCGAAGACCAUGGAAAGGCCAUUCUCGUGUUCACGGUGGUGACCAUCGUCUUUCUACCUCUUAAUUUUGUUUCCAGCUUUUUUGGUAUGAAUUUCUCCGAUAUCAGGGACAUGGAGAAGACGCAAUGGCUCUUCUGGGCAGUAGCCAUUUGCGUCACCGCAGGCGUUGUCAGUGCGUCAAUAUUUCUGGCAUUUUCUGGAGCGCCGAUGCUGGAGAAGCUUCAUAUGUGGCGCGAGACGAGGAGAGAGACUCAGGCAUCGACAACGACAGCACUACGACGACGAGCAGCCUUCGGAAGUACUUCUGGCUUCAGGGUAUACGGCACCGAUAGGCCGAGUUGA